GAGCGGUUUUACUCCGUCCUGUGGGUGCAGCUGUGGGUGGAGCAGCAGGACGCUCCGCCGCUCUGCUGCUCUCCGCUCUCAGUGUGUGGACGGACCGCAGGAUGAGGCAGAUGGAUAAAGAGAGGGACGAAGGAGGAGGAGGAGGAGGAGGAGGAGGAGAUGUUGAAGUUGGUAGCGCCAAAGAGAAGGAUCAGAGCUGGAUUCCCAAGAUCAUCAAGAAGCGAGUGUGCACCACUUUUGUUGAAGACUCUUUCAGUAAUGGAGCGUUGUGUCAGUGUGGAGGUGUGCGGGAGGGACAUGACUCUGUGGCAACAGGGGACUACUUUGGAGCAGCUAUUGUCACCCAGUGGGACAGCAGACAGCACUCCUCCGAGUGUCCCACUGAUGCCUAUGGAGAGCUGGAGUUUGCUGGUGCUGGACGCCGACACAGUCAUUUUCUGCGGCUGUCAUGUGACACGUCACCUCAGAUCAUCUACACCCUGAUGACAGCGCACUGGGGCCUGCCCUCACCCAACUUGGUGGUGUCGGUGGUGGGGGGCGAGGGCCACGAGAAGAUCAAGACAUGGGUGAGAGAUGUCCUGAGAAAUGGCCUGGUCAGAGCUGCACAGAGCACAGGGGCCUGGAUCUUGACGGGUGGUCUGAGGGAGGGUGUGUCCCGCUGUGUGGGUGAGGCAGUCAGGGACCACGCAGCUGCAGCUCCAGCUCUCUCCCGGAAGAAAGUGAUCGCUGUGGGACUGGCUUCCUGGGGCCUGGUGCACAACAGGCAGCAGCUGGUCAACACCCAGGGGAGUUUCCCCGCUCGAUACUACGUCCAGAACACGUCACGUGACUCCUGCUGCCUGGACAGCAACUACCAGGCUUUCCUCCUGGUGGAUGAUGGGAGUGUUGGCCGUCGCGGGGGAGAGGCAGCCUUUCGUGCCGGUCUGGAGGACUACAUUUCCCAUCAGCGCACUGGCAUUUGGGGCAGUGGCAGCAUUGAAAUCCCAGUGCUAUGUAUGCUCAUCUCAGGAAACUCCAACAUGCUGGAGAGAUUAGAUGCCUCUCUGAAGAAAGCUACACCCUGGCUGGUUCUUGCUGGUUCUGGUCCGGCUGCAGACCUCAUCAGUGAGCUGCUGGACAAUCUCUCCCCCGUUUCCCUCAGUCCCACCUCUCCCCCAGUGGAGGGAGAGGCUGCUCAGGGUCUCAGCACAGAGCACCGUGACAGGGUCCGCGACAAGGUCCGGAAACACUUCCCAGCUGAGGCUGAGCUGGAGAAACUGGUGGACAAUGCUCUGAGUAUCUAUCAGAACAGAGAGCUCAUCACUAUUUUCCAUGGAGAACAGGAGGGUUCUGAUGAUUUUGAUACAGUUAUUCUCAAAGCCCUCGUUAGAGCCAGUAAACGUGUCUCCAGUGAAGCCAGUGAGUGCACUGAAGAGCUGAAACUGGCAGUGGCCUGGAACAGAGUGGACAUCGCCAAAGCUGAGCUCUUCAACGGAGACAUACAGUGGAAGUACGAGGACCUGGAAGACUCCAUGACAGAUGCACUGAUCAAUGACAAGCCCCAGUUUGUGCGUCUCUUCUGUGAGAAUGGUCUGAAUAUCCUGGACUACCUGACGUACAGGCGCCUGGAGAGCCUGUACCGGUCGCUGUCAGACAGCUCUCUGGCCUACAUGCUGCUACAGAGGCGUCUGAGCGAGAGGCAAGGCCUGGCUGGAUCCCUUCCUAGCCUGGACAGACCUCUGUCAGGACCUCUGAAGAGUCCCCAGAGUGCACUAACUGGACCCGCCUCAGCGAUGGAGCUCAGCCUGUACGAGGUAUCUCGCCUGCUGUGGGACCUGUUGGGUGAUGUCUGUCAGCCUUUCUACUAUGCACCCCUGGGCCUGGACCACAGCACCAGCACCAGGAGGAGUCUCAAGCUCAUCAAUAAGAUGCUGUUGGGGGUGUGUACGUACCGGGACCAGCGCUGCCUCUCACCCUGGGCGGCUCUCUUCAUCUGGGCUGUCUUACAGAACCGCAGAGAAAUGGCUGUUUACUUCUGGGAGAUGGCGGGGGAGUCUGUGCUCAGUGCUCUGGGAGGCUGUAAGAUGCUGAGGGAGCUGUCAAAGCUGGAGAGUGAGACUGAGAACAAGCUGGCCAUGAAGGAACUGGCUCAGACGUUCGAGAACCUGGCCCUUGAUGUGUUUGGGGAGUGUUACCAGAACAGCGAGAGCCGCGCCUUCACUCUCCUUAUAAGGAAGUCUCCAGUGUGGGGCGGGGCUACCUGCCUACAGAUGGCCACUGCCGCUGACGCCCGGCUGUUUUUCAGCCAUGACGGUGUUCAGUCUCUGCUGUCUCAGAUCUGGUGGGGUGACAUGGAGAGGAGCACUGAGGUCUGGAAACUGGUUCUCACUUUCUUCCUGCCCCCCCUCCUCUACACAGACCUCAUCAGCUUCAGAGAACAAGAGGAGGAAGUGAAGUCUGAGGAGAUCUACCACGGCCGAGACACUGACAGUCUGGAUGGAAAUGACGCCACGGUCUUCUCCCUUGCUGACAUUAUACAGAACGAGGAAGAGGCUGAAGAGCUCAGGGCUCUGAAAGAAAACCUGAAAGACUCUUCACCAUCUAACUCUAAGAGACCAUUUAUUGUGUCACGGUGGAGACAGUUCUGGUUUGCCCCUGUCACCUCAUUCCUGGGCAACGUGCUGAUGUACUUCCUCUUCCUGUGCCUGUUUGCCUAUGUUCUGUUGAUGGACUUCAAGCCCCCGCCCCCUGAUGGUCCUUCAACUCUGGAGUUUGUGCUUUACUUUUGGGUUUUCACCUUAGUCUGUGAAGAGAUUCGCCAGACCUUCUUUGUGGGCAGCACCUUCCUGCUCCAGAGGAUGAGGAACUACAUCCAGGAUGUGUGGAACAAGUGUGAUCUCACAGCCAUCACUCUUUUCACUCUGGCUCUGUGCUGCAGAAUGUUUCCCUGGUCUUACGAGUUUGGCCGAGCUGUGAUGGCCAUAGAUUUUAUGGUCUUCACACUACGUCUGAUCCAUAUCUUUGCCAUCCACAAACAGCUCGGGCCCAAGAUCAUCAUUGUUGGCAAAAUGAUGAAGGAUGUUUUCUUCUUCCUGUUUUUUCUGGCUGUGUGGCUCAUGGCCUACGGAGUGGCCAAUCAGGCUCUCCUCUACUCGUAUGAUCCCCGUCCUAACUGGAUAUUCCGCCGAGUCUUCUACAGACCAUACCUGCACAUUUUUGGACAAAUACCCAUAAAUGAAAUGGAUGCUGACAAACUGGGUGAAGUAAACUGUACAGAUGAUGCUGCACGGAUUGAAGCAGGAGAGGAGCCCUGUAUGAGCACCUACGCCAACUGGCUGGUCGUCAUCCUCCUUGUCAUCUACCUGCUGUGCACCAACAUCGUCCUGGUCAACCUUCUCAUUGCUAUGUUCAGCUACACCUUCUCCAAAGUUCAGGAGCACAGUGAUAUCUACUGGAAGUUUCAGCGGUACAACCUGAUUGUGGAGUACCACUCCAGGCCCUGUCUGGCACCGCCCUUCAUCAUCAUUUCACACCUCCACCUCCUCAUCAAGAGAUACGUCCGCCGCAUCUCCUCAGUCAAGAGCAGACACUUUGUUCAGGAGCUGCGGGGCAGAAAGGCCAGCCGCCUCAACACAUGGGAGGCUAUCCAGAAAGAAAACCACCUCUCAGCUCAGAAUAAGCGGCAGAGGGAGACUGACACAGCUCGACUGAAGCGCACAUCUCUCAAGGUGGACAGUGUGUUGAAGCAGAUGGCAGAGAUCCGUGACCAUGACAGAAGGUUGCGGCUGCUGGAGACAGAGCUGGAGUACUGCUGCAGCGCCCUCUCCUGGAUGGCAGACGCUCUGUCUCAGAGUAAUCUGAUAAAGGCCGACCGCCCCCCUCCGCUCCUCAGAGAUCUGACUCCACUGUCUCCAAGCUGACCCUCCGACCUUCAGGAUCACACACACACACACACACACACACACACACCACACACACACACACACACUUUACUCAGGGCCAUUGUCAGAGCACCUUGUUGCCUUUUCAUUUCAUUUGUUUUAUUGUGUAUGAGGUGUACUGUGUAUUUUGAUUUGGACAAAUAAUAUGUUGUGUUAAAAGUAUCAUAUCACAUUUUACAGUAGUGGCAGUAUGCACUGCUGUCUGUUGUAGUGCCUGUUCGAUCUUACAUUUGGAGUCACCAAAGUCUGAAAGCCUUGAAGCUGUAACCUGUUUGCUACUGACCUAAGGCUUUUCAGCUUGACCCGCGCUCAUUAAAACUGUACUAAUUGACAUUUUUAUAUCAACAAUGGACCAAAUGACCGUUAUGGGAAGUUACAACUCUGCAGCUUUUUAGCCUCAUGGUCUUGGUUUCUGGUCCUCAGAGAAACUGCUGUGAAAAGCCACUGUCCUCUACCUGCUCAGCAGCAGGCAGCAGGAAGUGGUGGAGACCAAAAACUGAGCUGAAAUAUAGGGAAUACUGGACACAAUCACUACUGCACAUGAAUUAUCAUGUCUACCUGUUUGCUGACACAUUCACCAUAACAACUUUGUAAGGUGAUCAUAGUUUAAGUUCUGUUUGCAGCUUGGUCUGGACUGGACUGAAGCUGUUACAGCCUGAGUUGAAUCUAUAUUUGAAAUAAAGCUGCAAGUUACAAAAUGA